CCGGGACUUCUCCUCCUCCAUCUCCUCCUCCAUCUCCUCCUCCUUCUCCUGCUAAACGUUCAUUUCCUUAAACAGAGGAGCUGCUCCGGUCGAUGCCUUUAAUUGCUCCCGGGUUCCGUCGAUACCUGCCGGUUUCUCCGCUCCAUCACGAGCCACUGGGAUACGGGUUGCCCGGGAAACGGCCGCAUGGCAACAGGAUCAGAGCCUGGGGGUUGUCUGCUUCUAGCUCUGCUCCCAUUUUGCAUCGCGUUUCCUCACUAGAUGGUGUGAGAGCCACUGGAGAGACGCUCCGCUCCGCUCCGCAUCCAGCCAGAGAACCACCGGGGAACCGGACGGAGGCGCGUUUCUCCUCCUCCUCCUCCUCCUUCUCCUCCUCCUCCUUCACGGGCUGAGAAAAGUGCGCACACGAAGCGCGUCCACCGGGCCGACCCCCUCUAUCAGCACACCGGAGGAGAAGCGACGGAACGCCGCUGUGAUGGACAUAAUGACGGCGGUGCAGGACGCGUGUGUCUCCGGUCAGUGGCUCACGGCGGUCCUCCUCAGCCUGUGCUGCCUCCUGCCGUCCUGCCUGCCCGGACAGACCGUACCGGACUACUCCUCGGUGGAGAGCGUGGUGAGCAGACAGGGCGACACGGCUCUGCUCAGGUGCUACCUGUUGGAUGGGAUCUCUAAAGGCGCCUGGCUCAACCGCUCCAGCAUCAUAUUUGCAGGGAAGGACAAGUGGUCUGUGGACCCCCGGGUGUCCAUCGUGUCCAGCGUGGGGGACAAACACGAGUACAGCCUCCAGAUACAGAAAGUGGAUGUUAGCGAUGACGGCCAGUACACCUGCUCCAUCCAGAGCGAACGCAACCCUCGGCCCAAGCUGCUCAACCUCAUCGUCAAAGUUCCUCCCAAGAUAUACGACAUUUCGUCCAACAUCACGGUAAACGAAGGCAGCAACGUGUCGCUCAUCUGUACAGCGAGUGGGAAACCGGAGCCGAGUAUUUCCUGGAGACACAUAACCCCAUUAGCCAGGAAGUAUGACAGCGGAGAAUAUCUGAACAUCACCGGCAUCACCAGGGACCAGGCCGGAGACUACGAAUGCAGCGCUUUAAACGACAUCGCCUCUCCUGACACCAAGACAGUAAAAGUCACAGUCAACUUUGCUCCGUCCAUCCAUGAAACCAAGAGUCACGGAGUCGGUCUGGGACGCACGGCUCUGCUCAGGUGUGAAGCUGCUGCCGUUCCUUGGCCAACAUUUGAGUGGUACAAGGGCGAGAAACGGAUUAUCAAAGGUCAGGGCAUUGAGAUCAAGAACCUCAACACCAGAUCCAUCCUCACCAUGACCAACAUGACGGAGGACCGCUACGGGAACUACACAUGCGUCGCCUCCAACAAGCUAGGGACGGCUAACGCCAGCGUGCCUCUCAACCCUAUAAUUGAACCCACCACCACUAGUGCUGUCUCAAGCCCAGCGCCCAACACUGCCCCCUAUGGGAGCACGGGGAGCGCCGACGCCCCGCUGGCCUGCCGCUACCUGGUCCUGGCGCUCUCGUCCUUCAUCAGCGUCUACUAGCGGAGGCCCGGCCGGACACAGUGACUGUGGAGAGCAUUUAUGAGUCCUUUUUGACAUUGCCGAUGGCUGGAAUCCAAUCUGGUACAGUUUGUUGCAGAGCUGUGAUGGAAAUAAUCCGUUUCUGAGGGGAGUUUCUGUUCUUUUUUGUUUUUGGUGAAAUCUCUCAUGUAAAUACUCUGAUGUUUUUUUUAAUUAUUAUUAUUGUUUCCUCUCCCUUCUGUUGGUUUUUUUAUUUCCUGAUUGUGAAUCCCCCCCACCCACCUCCCAUCAAAUCAAACCCCCCAGAAAUCCUCCAAACCCACUUCAUGCAUCGUUCUCCCUGCGAGGCGAUCGGUGCAAAAAACUGACAUUUUCAUCUGUUUUUAUUUUUUUGUUUGUUUUUUUUGUACAUGGCUGAAAAGAAGCAACUGUGCCAAGUCUCUCAGUCCACAAAACUACCAUUCCAGUGUUGUAUUGAAUGUAUUAUGGGCUGCUGAACAAAGGACAGACAUUUAGAUCCCUAACAAUACAAGAUUUUAAUUAUGGGGUGUGCUGAAAAAAUACAGAAAACGAAAAAACAGAAAAAACAAAAGACGAAAAAAGGCAGGGCUCUUUCAGGACCCGUGUUGUCAUGAUUACUCCGUAGAUGGAUGAACAGUGUUCAAGGUGUGCUUUGUUGUGUUCUCUAAUAGCUCCAUCAGUUCCUAUGAUCAGGCGGCCGUCGAAGUAGCAGAAAAUAUCGUAUCGUAUCAUUUAAUUUCAUCUAGUUAGGCUUUUAUUUUGAAGUGGUACCACAACAUGACGAAAAGAAGACGCAAAACGACAGAAACUAGACAGAAAAGGACAAAAACAAGACAGAAAAAACAAAAAUGUGACACAAAAGACAAAAAUGAGACAGAAGUCAACCAAAACAAGACACAAAACGGCAGAAAAGACACAGAACGACAAAACAAGACACAAAAUGACAGACACAAGACACAAAAGACAAAAAUGAGACAGAAAACGACAAAAAUUAGACACAAAGUGACAGGAACUAGACAGAAAAUGACCAAAACGUGCCUGCCGAGCAGCUUAGACCAGGCGGCCGUCGAAGUAGCAGAAUAUUCCGUCUCAUACGUCAUGAUUUCAUCUAGUUAAGCUUUUAUUUUGAAGGGGGAACAGCUUUCUUCAUCCAACCACGACUCUAUAGGACGGAGGAACAUCACUGCCCUGUGUUCACAUCCUUUAUUAAAAUAUGAAAUGCUCCUUUUCCUCUGAGUCCACGUCUGUGAACAUCACAACAGAAAGCCAGAGCUGCAUCACGUUCCAGUGUCGGGAUUCUGGGAACAUUUCUGCAGAAAACUCAACCCUUGAACUCACAGCGGUCUCUUUUACAGUUUAUCGUUUCCCAGAGAGCCAAAGCCUUCCUCCCCAAACAGUUCAGUACAGAAUCUACAAGAAAACAUAGAAUAACUAAACCUGCUUUGACUUCUUGUGUUAAUUAUGAGAGAUAAAAACAAAGCUCAGAAACACGAUCAGCGCUCCAACCGUGGUCUAAGGUGCUGACAGAUCCUCCAGGAUGAGCGACUUUCACAAACAGAUGACAAAAACGAGACACAAAACGUCAGGAGCAAAACAGAAAACGACAAAAACAAGACCGAAAACGACAGAAACAAGACAGAAAAUGACAAAAACGAGACACAAAACGACAAAAAUGCGACAGAAAAUGACAAAAACAAGAUAGAAAACAACUUAAACAAGAGAAAACGAAAGAAAGCAUAAAACGACAACAACAAAAGAAACGAGACAGAAAACGACAAAAAUGAGGAAAAAAACGACAAAAACAAGACACGAAACGACCAAAACGAGACACAAAAGACGAUCAGAGUCAAAUUAAAUCACCAACCUGGCGACUUUCUGUUGAAAUUCAGCGUUUGGAGGCUCUAAACCAGGGCUGCUGUCAGAGUUUCCUUUGUUUCGGCAUCUUCAUCCUCCAGUAUCUAUCAGAGAUGCUGUAAUGCCUUAAUAGAUUUCUCUCCUCCAGAAGCUCUCAGAUAAACUCAUAGUGUUCCUGAAGACUGAAUGUUCAGAAACUUCCAAUCAAACCGAUGGUUCCUGCAGGUAUUUAAACUGCAGAUCUCCAGAAGAAUAGCCAUCCCAGAUAAAAGAAGCACAAACACUGUUCUGACUUCAACGUUUUGUGGUGGUUUUGUUUGAAGCUCUGCUAAACUUCUCUUUCUUUUAUUGUUUGUACUGAAAAUACUGCACCGUAUGAUCUUGUUUAAAUGUUAAGGUAUAAUGAAAUGGAGUCAGAAGUAUAUUUAUUCUCUUCCUUUAUGAAAACCAUGUAUAAAAAAACACCUUUGAACGUGUAACACUGGAUAUGAGGCGCAGUGUGGCAUAGUUUCUACUGUUGUCGGUUCAUUUAGAUGCCAUGACUGUCGCUGGUUUGUUAAAAAGAACGAUGUUUGCCGUCAGAUGAUCUACUUUUUGGAGCAGGGAGGGUGUGAACCAGUAAUCCAGUAUUAUAGAGCAGAAUAAAUGUGUGUAUAUUUGGAGAAUAUAGGAACCUUUUGGUCUUAGAGCCAGUGUGUAGUGUAGUUUUCACACACUCUGAGUGUUUGACGAUGUGCAGAGAGUCUGGUUGUGCUGCAUGUCAAAGUUAACCUGUGUUUUUGAGGUGGCCACUUUACACAUAUUCAGACUUUUUAUGAAUUUUCUUUGGUCUAAGAACACUUACCUCCUCCAGACCUCCAGGCCACGUCUGUUUGUGGUUUAUUGCUGAUGAAAACUACUGCUGUUCAGAGUCCUGAUGAUUAUUGUGGCACCAUGGUGACAGUCUUUCUGAGCACCAUGCUAGUAUUCCAUAUGAAAUGUACUGGAUGUUUUCAAAUUAUGCUAUUAACGAGUCCCUUUUAUCCAAUUAUUAUUAUUAUUAUUUGCAAUAAAAGUCUUCAUGUUACAACGGAAACCCACAUCUGAGUUCAUGAGCGCUCAAUGACAAAAACGAGACACAAAAUGGCAAAAACGAGAUACAAAAUUACAAAAACGAGACACAAACUGAUAAAAACGAGACACAAAAUGGCAAAAAUGAGAUACAAAAUGACAAAAACGAGACAAAACUAGAAAAACGAGACACAAAAUGACAAAAACGAGACACAAAAUUACAAAAACAAGACACAAAAUGACAAAAACGAGACACAAAAUGACAAAAACGAGACACAAAAUUACAAACACACAAAAUGACAAAAAUGAGACACAAAAUGACAAAAACGAGACAAAAUUACAAAAACUAGACACAAAAUGACAAAAAUGAGACACAAAAUGACAAAAAUGAGAUACAGAAUUACAAAAACGAGACACAAACUGACAAAAACGAGACACAAAAUGACAAAAAUGAGAUACAAAAUUACAAAAACGAGACAAAAUGGCAAAAAUGAGAUACAAAAUUACAAAAAUGAGACACAAACUGACAAAAACAAGACACAAAAUGACAAAAAUGAGACACAAAAUGACAAAAACGAGACACAAAACUACAAAAACGAGACACAAAUGACAAAAAUGAGACACAAAACUACAAAAAUGAGACACAAAAUGGCAAAAAUGAGAUACAAAAUGACAAAAAUGAGACACAAACUGACAAAAACGAGACACAAAAUUACAAAAACAAGACACAAAAUGACAAAAACAAGACACAAAAUGACAAAAAUGAGACACAAAAUGACAAAAACGACACACGAAAUGACAAAAAUGACACACAAAAUGACAAAAAGAGACACAAAAUGAAAAAAUUGGUCCAAAAAUUACAAAAAAUGAGACACAAAAUUACAAUAAUUACACAAAAAUGACAAACAAGACAGAAAAUGACAAAAAGGAGUCAGAAAAUGACAAAAACGAGACACAAAAUGACAAAAAUGAGACACAAAUCACAAAAACGAGACACAAAAUGACAAAAAUGAGACACAAAUUGACAAACACAAGACACAAAAUGAAAAAAAUAGUCCAAAAACUACAAAAACGUCACAAAAAUGAUAAAAACAAGACAGAAAAUGACAAAAAGGAGACACAAAAAAACGAGGCACAAAAUUUCCAUAAUGAGACAAAAAUGACAAAAACAAGACAUAAAAUGUCAAAAAUAAGACACAAAACAAAAACGAGACACAAAAUGACAAAAAUGAGACAAAAAAUUACAAAAACAAGACAGAAAAUGAUUUUAAAAAACUAAGAGAAAACAACAAAAGAAGACAGAAAAUGACAAAAAUGAGACAAACAAAUGUACCUUUAGUGGUAUCAGGCAUUAAAAUGAACAAGAAAUUGAAGAAAACCAGGGUGAGCUCAUCAUUUUUUCCUGACUUUAAUUGGUAUCAACAUGACUCAGCUAAACCACGAGCUGCACCAGCUACGAUGAAAUUUAAACAACAAUUAACUGUCUUCACACGAAUAAACCACUAACUCUGAUAACAUCAAUUAAACUGAAGAACUGUGGUCCAAGAAAAUCUCCAUGAAGACAAAUGAAUGAGUCAGCAAAACAUCUCAACUAGUACGAGUUAGAAAAACACAGUAUCAAAGGAGCAGAAAACACGUCUGUUCUAAACGCUAGAAUCACAUGACCUUAUUAACGUCUGCAAACAUGGAUACAUACGUGUUCCCAAGUACAGGGCCGAGAAAAAGUACUCAGAUUAAACCUUUUACUGCUUUUCAACAAAUAAUAGUCACUUUAAUUUGGUAUCCAAACAUCAUGAUGCCACCACCACCGUGCUUCACAUCAUGAUGCUGCCACCACCAUGCUUCACAUCAUGAUACUUGCUCCACCGUGCUUCACAUCAUGAUGCUGCCACCACCAUGCUUCACAGUGGGGAUGGUGUGUUUGUGAUGAUGUUCAGUGUUUGGUGUCCAUCAAACAUAUCAUCUAGUCUGAUGGACAUAAAGCUCCAUCCUGGUCUCCUCAGACCAGAGAACCUUCUUCCAGGUAUCUUCAGAGUCUCCACAUGUCUUCUGGUGAACUCUAGUCCAGAUUUAAUUGGAGCUUUUUCCAUCAGAGUCUUUCUCUUUGUCUCCAUAAAGCUUUGACUGGUGAAGAACAGACAACAGUUGUUGGAUGAACAGUCUGAAGCUGGAACUCCUUCAGAGGAGUCAUAGGAGUCUUGGUGGUCUCCCUAACUAGUCUCUUUCUCCUUCAGAGCAGUCAUAGGAGUCUUGGUGGCCUCCCUCACCAGUCUCUUUCUCCUUCAGAGGACUCAUAUGAGUCUUGGUGGCCUCCCUCACUAGUCUUUUUCUCCUUCAGAGGGGUCAUAGGAGUCUUGGUGGCCUCUCUCACUAGUCUCUUUCUCCUUCAGAGGACUCAUAUGAGUCUUGGUGGCCUCCCUCACUAGUCUUUUUCUCCUACAGAGGGGUCAUAGGAGUCUUGGUGGCCUCCCUCACUUGUCUCUUUCUCCUUCAGAGGGAUCAUAGGAGUCUUGGUGGCCUCCCUCACUAGUCUUUUUCUCCUUCAGAGGGGUCAUAGGAGUCUUGGUGGCCUCCCUCUCUAGUCUCUCAGGUCUUGAGGAUGUCCUGCUCUAGUCAGAUUUAUUCAUGUUCCAUCUUCCUUCCGUUUCUUAAUGAUGGAUUUAACUGGACUCCAAGAUCUUCAGGAACUUUAAAUGUUCUUGUCGUUGACAUUAUUUAGUGGAAAUCUGUUUUCACUUCAAUUUUUGUCUAAAAAGUGAAACUGAUCAUGAUUAAAUGUUGAAAACCAAUAAAAGGGGAAACCUCCAUGAAGGUUGAAUACUUUUACUGGCAGCUAUAUGAAGGAGUCACCUGGUUUAAAAUGAGCAGGAAACACCUGGUUGUGCUAAGCUAACGGAGUUAACAGUAUUUACUCUUUAGGUCCAAUAAAACAACCUACUGUGUUAUUUUAGUGAAAUCUAAUGAAACCAUCAGGACUUCUGUCAUUCUUUAUCAAUAUAUGAUGGAAGUCUUGUUGGUUUCAACAGAUCCUUCAGGUUUCAGGUCAGACGUGUUCAUAGCGUGUUUUACUCCUCCUAGCUUUAGUUUCAAUCAGCUAUCCUGAAGUUUCUGGUGUAAAAGUUAACAACAGCUUAUCUCUUUGUAAAAGCAUUUUUUUAAAAAUCUCCACUUCCAUCAGAACAGCUGGUGCACCUACAGAGGAACAAACCCACUCUGAAAGCUCAGGAUUCUGUCUUUCUACUGUGAGUCACGGUUCUGUUUGUCAUCGACCGUCUACAGAGUUAGUCAUAGAGACAGACAGAUAACGUUUCACCCUCUGAACACCAACACUUUAUAAAGUCCUGCAGAAACACAACAACCAUGAAGAGAUCUCAGAUGUUUUCUGUGCAGAAUGACAGAAUGCCAAGGAUCACUAAACAAAAUUCAGUUUCUUGGAUUAUUAUUAAUUAUUAACUAAUCGUCAAAAAGCAACCAGGAAUCAAGAUGUCCAACAUUUUUCCACAGAUGUCACCAACACUGGAAAAUACUAUGGUGACUCUAUAUACUACAGAUAUUUAACUAUUUAUCUUUAAUCUGUUCUGAUUCUUGUCUCUUCUCAGUUCUGCGUGAACACUGCCUGCAGUUCAGUCCAGAAAUUACACAAUUUUUAUCAUUUUACUGUAGCCAGUUAGCGUCUUGUAAUUUAGGGUUUUUUUUUUUUUGCCCUGCUUUAGAAGACCUUGUGGGUCCAUCAGCUGUGUUUUUGUGGCGUUGUGUAGCCGUCUUAAUCAUGCUGUAUCACGUUCAUCUGAUCUGCUCCCCUCUGGCCUCCAGCUCCAUAAAUCCUCCUGAGCCCAGAUGGCCGGAUGCCACAGAACACAGGAUUAACCACUGUUUGCUCAUCACUGACCGGACUCUGCUGCUCACAUACAAACUCCCUCCAUCCCAUAAUGCACCCACACUAGAUUAUACCUUUUUUUUUUUACCCCUUCCUCGUAGUGCGGGGCUUUCCAGUAUCCGAUGACCUGAAUACGCUCUGAACCAUCCGCGGUGUGACCGACCUCAUAAAGGCUCAGAUGUGGUGUUGAAAGGAGGCCAGGCCACCACCUGCAGAGAUCCUCACCUCACCUGCAGCUUCGCCUGACAGCAGCUCACUUUUAAAUUUAACAGAAGAGGAUUUUAAAUAUUCAUGCCAGAUCGUAUUAUUAGGGCCCCGCAAUCCCCAUCCUGAAUUUUUAAAAGUCCCAUUUCAAAGUGUCCUCCCGAGCCGACGCAUCGAAGCGACGGUUCUGAAUGAAUGCGUUUAUUAGCAGCUCCAGUUUGUUGCUUUACAAGACAACAGCUGUUCAGAAAGAGUCUCAGAGGGGACGGGUUCUGUCCUGAAUGUGCCUUUAAAGGAUUUUAUCAAUCAAACCAACUGUUACUUAGAGCAUCUCACACCAAGCUCAAAAGAUUCAUUCCAUUGGCUCACAAUCUGAAGCUAACGUCCCAUACAGGAAGUCCUCGGUUUACGGCGUCCUCGACUUACGGCAGGGGUGUCAAAUUCAUCAUAGUCCAGGUUCAACAUCCAGUCCAGUCUGAUCUCCAGUGGACCAGACCAGUAAAACCACAGCAUAAUAACCUAUAAAUAACCACAACUCCUAAUGGUUCCUUUGGUUUAGUGCAAAAAGUAUGUUCAAAAUGACAAAAGUCAGACAAAGAAAGACAAAAAACUACAAAAACAAGACAAAAUCUGACAAAAAGAAGAAAUAAAAAGACAAAAACAUGAGACCAAUGACAAGUCAGACAAAACAGGCAAAGAACAACAAAAACAAGACAAAAUAUUGCAAAAAUGAGAUACAAAAUGACAAAAAAUGAGACAAACAACACAAAACAAACAAAAAAGAGACAAAAUGUUAGACAAAAAAGUUAGAAAGCGACAAAAAAAUGGACAAACGAGACAAAAAAACAUGAAACAAACAUGAUGCACAAAACAACGAAUAAAGCAAAACACAAAAUCACAAAAAUAAGACAAAAACCACAUGCGAGACAAAAAGGAAACACAAAAUGUCAAAAACCAGAAACAAAACAAUCAAACAUGAGACAAACAACAAAAGUCAGACAAAAAAACCCAAAAAACAACAAAAAUGAGACAAAAUAUCACAAAAAUGAGACACAAAACAACAAAAGAACAAUGAACAAUCUAUUUUUUUUACUUUCUGAUCAAAACAAUUUGUCAUGGUCUAGAAAUUAUUUUAAAUUUAUAGUUUUACUAAUUUACAAUCUGCAGUUAGUGUCUUCUCUGGAGUUUUCAUCCUGCGAGCCGCAUGUUGGACACCCCUGACCUACAGCGUUUCGUCGUUACGUCAGAACUGGUUACAUGGAACUAGUUGACCAGCGGAUGAAUACGUCGUCACGCAGCGCUAUAAGACGGUUUUAUUUCCAUUCUCUGGUUGUACGCCACCUUGGAUUGUGUUACAUUCACUAACUUUUUGCCCUUCAUUAUGGCUCCAAGUGUAAGUCAGACUCUUCUGAUGCUUGGAAGAAAAGGAAAGCCGUCUCCAUCCAACUAGUUAAACUCGUGCUUGCAAAAUGAGUCACGAGUUGCAGCAAACUGGACUUCUUUACUUUACAGAGUGAAAACUGCAACAAAAACAGAAUAAAACAUCAUGAAUACGUGUAAAUGAAUCCUUUCAUCUGAACCAGAAAGUCCAAAAAUGAAGUUAAUUACUCACAACAUUACCUCUGUGGCGUUUACUAAGUAGAGAGCUGUAGCCGUCGUAGAUGAAUAGCGGACAGAAGAACAACAGCUGUCAACGGACAACUUCAAAAUAAAUCUUUUUCAAAAUAAAAGUACAUUGAUAAUUCUGCCUUAAGAGCAACACACCAUGGUAGUGAAAUUAGAUACAAUAAAACGCUGGGAACAGAAACACUGACAAGCAUCGACAUUAUUAGAUCAAGUUGUAAAAACAGGUCAACAUGUUCUGUUAUCUUCUAGAAAAAAUGAUUCAUACAUGCAUGGAAGUUGUUGGUAUUCAGGACUUUUAUGAAGAACUGAUCGACAUCGUGAUGCACGGAAUGGCCUCGUUUAGAUUUUCACCGUAGUUCUGAGAAUCGACUUCCAUUAAUCCGUAGGAACAGAACUCUGAUGUAAGUCGAGGACUUCCUGUAUCUGCUGGUUCUGUUCAUUUGCUCCACUCUGAGGUGAUUUCAUGAAACAUUAACAGGUUUAACAGCCACUCUGCCCCCAAAUACUGUAAAAAAAAAAAAAAAAAAAAAAACAUGUAUUAAACACAGUUAAAUGUCAUCUUAAUCAGAAUAAUUCUGACUACAGAAUCGUUGGGUUCCGGCGUAUUAAUCUAUCUGGAUAUUUUCUGGUCAAACUCUUUCUUCUCACGUUUAUUAUCAACACACUUCACCUGCUGCAGAAAGUAAAGCUUAGAAACUGAGGGUUAUUCAGCAGAUCAGGUGUAUUUCAGGCCUCAGACUGUAUUUUACAUCCAUAAACGCUGACGGUGAGUCAUUUUCUAUCACAGCUGAUGCAGAUCUUUAACCUCUCAGCUUAUGUUUUCUGCACAAACAAAAAGGAAACACAAUGCUGUGAUGUGACAAUCAGCGACUGGAUGCAAAUGAAUCUUUAUAGAAACAGAUUUACAUCCGAACUCGCUGCAGGUCGUGGAAGUGAUUAGCAUCGUGUUUGUGGCCGGCGUGAGCAGAGAUCGGCUGCAGGAGAUGUGAGGAUUCCUCCUGACCUCCGGUUAAUGAAACCCUUCCCGUGCCUUUGUCGGUUUAACGGGGAGAUGGUGUCGUUCAACACGCCGAGCUCCUGCAGCCGCCUCCCUGAGCUGUCAGUACCCGAAAAAGCAGAAAAAAAGAAUAAAAUCGGGGCUUCUUGAGUGCAUUCGGUUUGGUAGAUGUGUUUGUUGCUCAGCAGGCGAGAGCUUUCCCCUCCUGUCAGACCCGAGCACAGAAGGAAGAAGAGAUUUCUUUUUCUAUAACCAGGCUGGGAGCAAGUUUCAGUUCUAAAUGGAAAAAAGAAAGAGCUCAUGUUUUGCGAAACAGGAGCGUUUCUCACCAACAUUUCAACACAAACAGCCCGUGGUUUCCGCCUCCAGUUUUCUUUGAAAUCCAUCUGAAAGCUGCCAAUGCAGAGGGACGCUGUUUUAAAAAGAGGCUGCAUCAAGUAUUUGUCAACCUGUCCCUCAUUAUUUCCACUGAACUGGAAAAUAAGUUGCCGGCCGAUGAUGCGGAGCCGGAGAUAAUGCCGGGUUUAGAGGCAGAUAUCUGGAGCAGGGCUCUCCGUGACGCCGGCGGCUGCAAAGUGUUUCUCAUGAAGCCGAUUGAAAGGUUUCCGUAGAGCAGAGGAGUCAAACUCAUCUUAGAUCAGGUUCAACAUCCAGUCCAGUCUGAUCGCCAGUGGACCGGACCAGUAAAACCACAGCAUAAUAACCUAUAAAUCACCACAACUCCUAAUGCUUCCUUAGUUGUAGUGCAAAAAGUGACAAAACUGAGACACAAAAUGACAAAAAAUGAGACAAACGACACGAAAUGAAACAAAAAACAAAGAAUUAGACAAAAAAGUUAGAAAGUGACAAAAAAUGGACGAACGACAAAAAUGAAACAAAAAAUGACAAAAGCAAGAAACAAAAUGACCAAAAAAUAGACAAAUACAAGCGAGACAAAAAAACACAAAACGACAAAAACGACCCACAAAACAAUGAAUAAAGCGAAACACGAUGUCAAGAAUAAGACAAAAAACACAAGCGUGACAAAAACGAAACACAAUGACAAAAAACAGAAACAAAACACAAGUCAGACAAAAUAAAGACAAAAAACAACAAAAACAAGACAAAAUAUUACAACAAUGAGACACAAAACGACAAAUAUGAGACAAACGACACGAAACAAAACAAAUAAGAGACAAAAAUGAGACAAAAAGUUACAGAGCAACAAAAAAAUAGACAAAAAACACAAGCAAGACAAAAAGGAAACAUACAACAUCAAAAACAUGACACAAACGACAAAAGUCAGACAAAAACAAGACAAAAUAUCACAAAAAUGAGACACAAAACAACAAAAGAACAAUGAACAAUCUAUUUUUUUUUACUUUCUGAUCAAAACAAUUUGUCAUGGUCUAGAAAUUAUUUUAAAUUUAUAGUUUUACUAAUUUACAAUCUGCAGUUAAUGUCUUCUCUGGAGUUUUUACACUUUGAGGGCCCGAUUGGACCCUCUGGAGGACCAGCUUUUGGCCCCAUGUUGGACACCCCUGCCAUAGACGAAGCGUCUUUACUCCACUGACAGUAAAUGUGAUCCUAUUUUUCAGUUUUCAGGCCGAUCACACGUAGUUUUUAUCUGGUCGCUCGGUUCUUGGUAGCAUCACGUGGGUCUGAGGUGCAGCUUUUCUCCUCUUUCUUUCUGUAAAUUCAAUAUUCUUUUCAUUUUUACAGGAAAAAAUGAAGAAGUUUUCAGUAUUUGUGUUUUAUUGAAAUCUUCAUGCUGACCAAUAACGUGAUGAGAAGGCUGGAAUGGAAAUGUUGGAAGGUCCUUUAUAGCCACCAGUUGUACAUUUAUAGGCUCUAGAUCACUGGAAUGAUAUAUACGGCUUUAAAUGGCAUUGAUAUAUCUAUCUAUAAUAUAUAUAUAUAUAAAUAUACAUAUAAAUAUAUAUUGAUAUUUGUCCAGAAAUAAGAAAUUUCAUGUACUUUACUAUUACUUUGAAGCUGACAUUGUGUAUAGCACGUAUGCAAGUCCAUCUUCAUCAUGUUUGAUGUAAUUUUGUAGCAGUGGUUUGAUACUAAUAAAUGGAAGUUGAUGAUGGAA